UUAUUGAAAUAAUCAAUGAGUACUUUUUGUACGGCAGCAAACCAGAAGAGCUGCAGCAGCAAAUGGAUCAGCCAAAGAUUGCUGCUGCUUUGCUGCAGCAGCCGGAGUCUUACUGGGCGAACGUUUUGCUGCAGUGGUUUGCUGCUGCUCCUGCUGCAGUGGUUUGCUGCUGGCCGUCGCGGCGGCUGCAGCAGCAGCAGGCGGCAGCAGACGCAGCAGCAGCAGCAGCAAUUCGCCAGCAAGUUGGCAGCAGCAAACUGCAGCAGCUGCAGGAUUAUAUUGCUGCUGUCAAAAUCAAACAAAGUCAAAAACCCCCGCAGCAGCUUUUAGACAAAGUCCCUUUUGCUGCUCUUGAUGCUGUGUCUCUCUUCAAGCCCGAAGUUGCUGCUAACUUCCCUCUCCCUGCAGCAGCAGCAGCAGCAGCAGCAGCAGAGGGCGCGGACGAAGAAGCAGCAGCAGCAGCAGAGAAGAUACAGGGCUGCAGCAACUUGCUGCUGCUGCUGACCAGCAUUCCUUCCCAGUUUGUGUCUCUUUGUUUAGUUGUUCGAAUACCGCAGCACUGGAGCAGCAAGCAGCAGCUGCUGCUGCUGCAGCUGCUGCUGCUGCUGCAGGAGUGUGACAUUGAAAUAACCCGCAAGGAAGCCAAAAUGCUGCAGCUAGAAGACGACCUCAUUGAAAAGGGCAUUGCUGCUGCUGCUGCUGCUGCUGCAGCGGCAGCAGAAGAAGAAGGAACAGCAGCAACAGCAGCAACAGCAGCAGCAGCAGAUGAAGAUGAGACUCCUGUGCGGCUGCCGCACUCUGUGCUGUCGAAGCUGCUGCUGCAGCUAACUACGGGCCACAGCGUGAGCUGUGGGGCGAGCAGCAGCAGCAGCAGCAGCAGCAGCAUCGGGUUUGCUGCUGGGGCGUUCCGGGAGCUCGUGUCUGUGCAGCUAACUGCUGCUGCACACAACUUCGAGCUGCUGCUGCUGCUGCUGCGGGCGAUUUGCUGCUGCGUCUGCAUCGAGGGUUCUCGGGUGUAUGUACAGCUCAAGAAGCAGCAGAAGCAACUCUUGAGACUUAAAAGAAAACCUAAUUAUUUGCUGCUGCAGUUAGCAGCAGCAAUUUGGUUCGACAGAAAAGCAAUGGUCAACCUCGCGGGCUGGGGCAGCAGCAACAAAGCCACUGCAGCAGCAGCAGCAGCAGCAGCAGCAGCAGAGGCAGACGGAAAGAAGGCCGAAGCAGCAGCAGCAGAGCCCGCCACACCAGCAGCAGCAACAGAACCCACUGCAGCAGCAGCAGCGGCACCAGCAGAUGCAGCAGCAGCAGCAGCAGACGCAGCAGCAGCAGCAGGUGCAGCAGCAGCAGCAGCAGGAAAGGCCGCCUUCAAGUCCUACCUUAAAGAGCUUACUGAGGUGUAUCGACAGCUCUUCGCAACCCCACAAAAGCUGCUGCACUUAACAGCAGAUAAAAAGCUGCUGCCAAACAAUUUUGUGGAAAAGAUAAAUGGACUUUUUAAUUCAAAUAAAGACAAUAAGCAGCAGCAAACAGCAGCAGCAGCAGCAGCAACAGCGGCAGGAACGGAGCCCCUGCACAGCUUCCUCGGCAUUCGGCUCGCAGCAGAAGAUAAAGUUGGGAGGCAACCAGCAGCAGCAGCAACAGCAGCAGCAGAUAAUGCAGCAGCAGCAGCAGCAGCAGCAGCAGCAGAACCCGAGACACUGGCGCCAGCAGAACCAGCAGAACCAGCAGCAGCAGCAACAGCAGCAGCAGCAGCAGCAGCAGCAGCAACAGCUCGGGUGGUUGUGGGACUGGGCUGCAGCAGCGCGUCGUACGUACAGGCCACAGUUGAAGCAGCAGAAGGGUUUUCAAAUCCAGAGUUUGCUGCCCUUCUAAUUCUUUCAGAAUGCUGCUCCAUGAUGGAAGACCCCAGAGCCAGGCCCUCACAAGCCCGCUAG